UUUUUCUGUAAUCUUACUUUUAACAUAAUGAGAAAAUCCAGCAUAGUAAAUCGCAUUAUAUGUUAAAUUUAUUCUACUUGUUAUCUUUACUAUUAUAUAUUUAUAAAAACAGAAAGAGAAGAAGAGAGAUAGAGAUGAUGAAGAGAAGUGAAUUUGGAGAAGAAGCUUCGUCUUUCUCACGUUCACCUUCUUCUCAUAUGCAAACCUCAUGGAAUCACUACAGUCUCUUCCCCCGAGACUCAUCUUCCAGUUCGAGUUACUUCUCUGACGGACUUUGUUCUUCCGAAGACGGUUCGUCUCAUUUCGCUUCUCAUCCGUUCGAUAGGAACCUGAAGAUGAAGCAUUACAACAGCAGCGUUGUUGCUGCUGCUGAUGAAUAUAACGAGUUGGGACUUUGUGAGAGCCUCCAUCGUCUCAACAUCAGAGAUAAGGAUAAAGAAGACAAGACUUGUCACCAUAGUUUUGGAGUCUCCUCUGAUUUUUCUGUUGAUAAAGCUUCACUGGUUCCUAAUUUUCAGAGCUGUGGAGAGAGUUCUUGUAAUCUUUGUUACAACAUCGCAGAAAUGAUGUUAACUACUGAUAGAUUCAUGGUUUCUUCACCAAAUAAGAGUCUGUUCGAGCUCAACAGUCACCACUCCGUUCCAUCAUACUCUCGUCGAAAAGGUGGUACCACUAAUUAUCCGAGUCUUCCUAAGACAUCUUGUAUCGAGGGAUACGUCUACUUGAUGGCUAAGGAUCAGCAUGGAUGCAGAUCCUUGCAGAGGAUCCUUGAAGAUGGAACUUGUCUAGAUUCUAUGAUCAUUUUCAACGAAGUGAUUCCACACGUUGUUGAGGUGAUGACGGACCCUUUUGGGAACUAUUUGAUGCAGAAAAUAUUAGAUGUAUGCACUGAAGAACGAAGAAUGCAGAUCUUACUUAUCGUUACUGCACAACCUGGAUGGCUUGUCCAGAUAUCCCUUAACACUUACGGUACUCGAGUUGUCCAGAGAUUAGUAGAAACAGUCAAAACCAAGAAGCAGAUUUUUCUGGUGAAGUCAGCUUUGAGACUUGGAUUUCUCAGUCUCGUUAGAGAUGUGAAUGGGAAUCAUGUGAUUCAACGUUGCUUGCAGUGCCUUAGUACACAAGAUAACGAGUUCAUCUUUGAAGAUGCUACAAGGUUCUGCAUUGAUAUGGCGACACAUCAACAUGGAUGCUGUGUGUUACAAAAAUGUAUUGCUUAUUCCACUGGACAACAACGAGAGAAGCUCAUAGCUGAAGUCUCUAGAAACAGUCUCUUCCUUGCUAAAGACCCUUAUGGGAACUACGCAGUCCAGUUCGUUAUAGAUCUGAGGGAUUUGUUUGCGAUAGCCAUGGUGCUAGCGCAGUUAAAAGGGCAUUAUGUAGAGCUCUCCAUGCAGAAAUUCAGUAGCCAUACGGUGGAACGGUGCUUAAGAAAUUGUCCAGAGAGCCGUCCUCAGAUAGUGCGUGAACUCGCCUCUGUGCCUUAUUUUGAUGUUCUGAUUCAAGACCCGUAUGCUAACUUUGUCAUCCAAGCUGCUCUUUCUGUCACCAAGGGUUCACUUCAUAACACACUCGUUAAAGUGAUAAGGCCUUAUUCCAUUCUACGUAACAAUCCCUAUUGCAAAAAGAUUUUCUCAAGAAACCUGUGGUUGACGAUCAAAAGGCUAUGAUUGUGGUUGGUGAUCCUGUAAUUUCUAAAUCUGUUGUUGUUCAUUCUCCCCCAAGUUUCUUCUAUGAAUAAACUCAGACCUGCUUACUUGAUCUCUCUAAGGUAAUGUAUACUUCCAGACAAUUCUUUCUUGUUGUUGCUGUUGUUUUACUGUCUCGCAUCUGACUGGUUCUUGGAACGAAAAUUUAUGUUGUGGUGAGUCAUGUUUUUGAAAACUGGUUUUAUAUUUUAGGAUGUAUUUUGCCAAUUUAUUCUGUCUUGUGUUUUUGGGAUUAAAUUCUAACUUGUUUAUAAUCCUAAAUUAAAACCAACAAUCAACACCAUUUGAAUAGCAGAUUAUCUAAAUAAUAUGAUUAUGGUUUAUGUUCGGUACAAUUUGAGGUUCAUAUUGGGUCAUUAAGAAGGCAUACAUACUGAUCGAAAUUAUUAUUUUGCUCGAGAAAAUAAUGUGGAUAUAUGAAAAACAUCUCACAUUUGAUAGGAAAUGGAUAGACAAUGCUUCAUAAGAUACAUUAAAUUAUGAGCUAGCUUUCGUAGUGAGUUCUUCUACCUAAGAGUUUUUUGUAGCUAGGCUUGGUUUUGGCCCAACUCCUACCCUAAAGAAAAGGUUUGACGAAUCACAAAUGGCUAUUGAAACAUAAGUAUAUACCACAAAGCCUAUAUCAUUGAUGGCCAAUUGACAAUUAUCCAAUAUGAAGGCAGAUAUUAUGAAAACGUUUUAAAACUUACAAAUAGAUUCACGUUAAAAUCUUGAUAACUUACCAUAUUUUCUAUAGAAAUCCAAAUUAUGCAUUGCAGUUUUCUUCUAAAUGACUAAAUUACAUGCAGACGCAGUCAAUAGCAAAACAUGCAGACGCAAGUCACCUUCGGUUGAGUAUUAAUCACAUAUCUCUACAUACUUGUUUUACAAAAUUAUCGUUGAAAUAAAAGUACGUGUAUUAACUGUUACUAUGCAUUUAUACUUCUUCAAUAUAUUUAAUGGUAACGGGUAGACAAGUCCUGAAUCUUUAAUUCUUCCACAGGAAAUAAUAACUACUCCACCAUUAUGGUUCUCCGUUUAACCAAGUAAUUCAAGAAAUGUAUUAACUAUUUUACCCGCGAACAAUUUUAUUUUACUUGGAGCUUUCAUUGCAUACAAUCCUUUUUACACUUGGUGAGUUUCAAUUUCUUGUAUAUAAAAUUUACGAAAUUGUAAGUUUCUGGCGCUUGCUAUAAAAUGAUGAGACAUGAAUCUUAAUUGUAACUGCAUGCAUGAAGCAGCCGCUAUUGUGAGAUUUAAACCAUUUUCUAUCACAUCGUUCCCAUUUAUUACUUUGCAAUUUGUUAGAAAACUAUAUUUUCAUUUUCUCUGAAUAGUGAUAAACGAAAUGAAGCUCCGAUUAUGCAUAUUUGUUUUAUUAAUGAAUGUAAAAUUUAUUAAAUAAAAAAAACUUUGUUUACAUACAAUGCAUAUAUGUAGUUAGGUUACUUAGAGGUUAAAUAUAUAUGGCAUGGUGUGGCCCAUUCACUUGAUAUUAUGCCUACUUUCUAAAGCACACGAAUGACGAACUAAUUAUGGUACGUUUCAAACUAUAAAAUGAUUGUGAAUUGCUGUAAGACUCAGCAACACAAACGGUUAUUUAAUUAUUUUAAAAAAAUUUAGUAAUCAUUUAAUAAUCUUGGUAUAAAGCGGUUAUUUAAUUAUAUAAUUCUUAGUUAGAGAUGCUUUGAUAUGUUUUCAUCCAAGUUUUUUGUAACGCCAUUUUCAUUCUAGUUUAUGCUUUAAACUUAAUUAGAAAUAUUUUCUUAGUUACAGCUGGUUAUAAAAAUAUGCUUUGAUAGGUUUUCAUCCAAGUUUUUUGUAUCGCCAUUUUUAUUAUAGUUUAUGCUUUAAACUUAAUUAGAAAUAUUUUCUUAGUCGUAUUCAAAUAUUGUUAGUUAGAUCCUCGUAGAAUACUAAAAGUCCAUAUUAUAGGUCGACUUUAACUCGAUAAUAUCAACGAACACACAUUACAAACGCUCAAAGACACACACACACACACACACACACACACACACACACACACACACACACACACAUAUAUAUAUCCAUGCAUAAAUGCAUCCGUUGAAAUUUAAUAGAGGGAAAAAAUAGAAAGGCAAUUUAUGAGGAAGCUGACCAAAAGAGUCCUACAAAUAAACGAGGAAGCGAAGGUUGGCAUGGUAGGCCGUUGAGGAGGUUUCAAACUAUUUGAAUAAUUUGCUAUAAAUAUUUUCAAUACUAAGAUAAUACUAACAAUAAGGGUUAGUAGAUGUGUGUAUUUUUUGGUGUUAUAUAUUGAAAAGUAGGAGUAAGAGUUAUUGUGGUAUUAAUGUUGCAUCGGCAUUCAUGAAGUCAUGAACCUUCCCCCUUCAACGGUAUUUAGUUUCUCUCCUAUUUAAUAUGUAUUGACCUCUCGGAUCACAUACGGACCAUACGCACAUAGACAUACAUGUAGACAACUUCAUGACCAACAGGAAUACACACAACUCGUAUAUGCAUGCAUGCAUCAUCAUACGUCGAGAUAACGGUUGCUGAUAUCAUCAUGAUGAUAAUAUUGGUGGAAGAGAAAACAGAAAAAGAAAAAAAAAACAGAAAGAGGAAUUAAAUAGAACUACAAAUCUACACAUUUCAAUGAGUCUCCCCUUGGAGAAAUACCCUCAGUUAUUAACACACCCAACUUGAAACUCUA